CUGAUUGACAAAACGCAAGCACAACGAUUGUCUUUCUUCUCCCGAUUGAUCCCACUUUGGCUCUACUCUUUGACCAGUUCACGGUACCGCUACAAUGGCUCAGCAGUUUGUUCAGACUAAGAUUAAAGGAGACAAAGUGGUGUUGUUCAUCAAGCCCACCUGCUCGUUCUGCAUCAAGGCUAAAGAUGUUUUGUCGAAAUACAAGUUCAAGCCUGGACAUCUGGAGUUCAUUGAUAUCAGUGGACGCAGCGACAUGGCCAACAUGCAAGACUACUUCCUGGAACUUACCGGAGCCCGCACGGUCCCACGGGUGUUCAUCGGUGAAGAGUGUGUUGGAGGCGGCAGCGACGUAGAGGCACUGCAUAAGAGUGGCAAACUAGAGAGUAUGCUGCAGUCCAUUGGAGCCUUGCAGUGAACCGCUGCAGACCCACAGGUUGUUGUUGGCAUCCAGGAGGGGUCACAUGACUAUGCAGCGGGACUUGCGCAGCUUGCGUCGCCGCUGCUGGUACUCACUGAGCUCCUGCAGGUAGCCUCUGGACGGCCAGCGUAGCCUCUCCACCUGCUCCCGCUCCUCCUCUAGUCGACACACAAAAAACACAUAUCACACUUUGUUCUGCUGCAAACAUAACCAAAGGAUGCUUUUUUUUUCUGAUAGACCCGUUAACACCAUGAUUUAUUGUGCUUGGCACAUGCUCACACAAACACACGCGGCAACGACCCCCUGGGAUUGUUGCCAUGAACGCAGCCAACAAGACUGAAAUAUCUGAUAAGAUUUUGUUUACACGGCUAAACAGCAGACAAUCGAUGACCAUCGAUCAUGUGUUGUAUAUUCAUUCUGGCCUUUGACUUCACUUGUGCCCUUCAGUACCCGUCCAAUGACCCUUAAUGAUAUUUGUCUGUAUGACUAAUGAUGUUAAUAAAAUCUGCUGCUACUAACUGGA